CUUUCCUCUCUUCUCACCCCACCCCUUCUGCGCGGAGAGCUUUGCUCCCCCGCCUGCUCCGCCUCUGCCUUGUAGAAUGAUUGACGCAACCCUUCGGCCAAUGCGCGUGCUCGAUUUGGGAGGGCUCGUGCACCUUGCCAAUGGCGUGCUCAGAGCGAUGCGGUUUGGUUGUGCUGCUGGGCGAAGUUGGUGUGAGGCGCGCACCUCUGGCAGCAGGAGGGUGGUGACUGUGGAAUGCGAGCUGCUCCUGCUGCUGCUGCUGGGUCUUUUGGAGUAAUAGUGGUGGUGCCGCUGCUGCUGCCUUUAUUGCUCCCAGCUUGGGGAGGGAGCCUUCGGCUUGUGUGCUUAGAUUCACUGAUCUGCAGUGUGGCUCUUGGAGUAACUGGAGCGGAUCAGCUGCUCUCUGGUGCCGCUGCUGUAAUGGGCAGCUUUAGCACUGCGUGGUGCGUGUGACAGCAGCAGCUCCUGCCUCCCUUGGAUUAAAUGUGUGUGGAGCGGGAGGAAGUCCUGCAGUCUGAACUUCACUGAGCCCAUGAAGAGGAGUGAUGACUCCAUGAGGAAACUUCUCUGCAGUUGCUCUUCCCAUCAUGGUUUAUGUUGCAUCCAGCCAAUAAUGUGCCAUUCACUUCAAGUGGGAUUUACCCUGGGAAAGGAAUAUCCAGAACAUGCAUCCUGAGCAUCCUUUCAAUCUCCUCACUGCUCAUUAUUUUUGUUAGAUUUGCAUGUAUAUCACUUAGCGCAAACAUACUGUCAGACCUGCCUUGCUCAACCUGAAACUCCUACUCCUGUUGAAUUUUUAGCUCUGUGAACUCUUCAUCAUCAUCAUGGCUUCAGUAUGGAAAAGACUGCAGCGUGUUGGGAAACAUGCAUCCAAGUUCCAAUUUGUGGCCUCUUACCAGGAACUGAUGGUUGAGUGCACUAAGAAAUGGCAGCCAGAUAAACUGGUGGUGGUUUGGACGAGAAGAAGUCGAAGGAAAUCUUCCAAGGCUCAUAGCUGGCAGCCAGGAAUAAAAAAUCCAUAUCGUGGUGUGGUUGUGUGGCCUGUUCCUGAAAACAUUGAAAUCACUGUGACGCUUUUUAAGGAUCCCCAUGCUGAGGAAUUUGAGGACAAAGAGUGGACAUUUGUUAUAGAAAAUGAAUCUCCUUCUGGACGCCGGAAAGCUCUUGCCACCAGCAAUAUUAACAUGAAGCAAUAUGCAAGUCCCAUGCCUACGCAAACUGAUGUCAAGUUAAAAUUCAAGCCUUUGUCUAAGAAAGUUGUUUCUGCUACCCUGCAGUUCUCUUUAUCAUGUAUUUUCCUGAGGGAAGGAAAGGCAACUGAUGAAGACAUGCAAAGCCUGGCCAGUCUGAUGAGUAUGAAGCAAGCGGACAUUGGAAAUUUAGAUGAUUUUGAGGAAGACAAUGAAGAUGAUGAAGAAAAUAGAGUGAACCAGGAGGAGAAGGCUGCAAAAAUUACAGAAAUUGUAAACCAGUUGAAUGCUCUGAGCAGCUUAGAUGAAGAUCAAGAUGACUGCCUAAAGCAAGCAAAUAUGCUUUCAGCUAAAUCAGCCAGUUCCUCUGAAGAGCUUAUCAACAAGCUUAAUUUCCUGGAUGAAGAGGAUCAAGACUUGGUCAAUUCCAGUUCAAACCCAUAUGUAGAUCCUAAUAGAACAGAACUAAACCCUUUUGGAGACCCUGACAUGGAAGAACUGGAUAUUAAGGUGGCUUCAUCUUCAAAACAAGAGGAAUCAUAUGAUGAUGAUGAUGAUGAUGAAUACAACCCCUUUAAAGAAGAUGAGGCUGCUGAGUAUAUGAACCCUUUUGAUGAGCCAGAUGCUGAACCUGAGACACUCACACCCAUCAAAGAUUUUCCUCCUCAACCUGUAAAAAGAAAAAAUAUACGGCCUGUAGACAUGAGCAAAUAUCUCUAUGCUGAGACAUCAAAAACAGAUGAUGAUGAGUUGGAUGAAUCAAACCCAUUUUAUGAACCAAAAUCAAGCUCUGCUUUAAAUAACCAAGUUACUUCGCUGCAAGAAACAGAAAGAAAGAUGAAAAGAAAAGCUCCUGAACCACCAGUCCUCUCACCAAAGACAGAAAUGGAAACAAGUGAAAACAUGUCAGCUAUUCAUGCAGUGAAAGAGCUUUCCUCUUCUCCCAAGCCAAGCCCAAUACCAAGUCCUGGUGUGGGGAGGAAGACAAAUGCUAGUCAGUCAUUGCUUGCUUGGUGCAAAGAAGUUACAAAAAACUACAGAGGAGUAAAAAUCACCAAUUUCACUACAUCCUGAAAUGGAUUGUCCUUUUGUGCAAUAUUACACCACUUUAGGCCUGAGCUAAUUGACUACAAGUCCCUGAAUCCUCAAGAUAUUAAAGAGAACAACAAAAAGGCCUAUGAUGGAUUCGCCAGCUUAGGAAUAUCCCGGCUUCUAGAACCUUCUGACAUGGUCUUGUUAGCAAUUCCUGACAAACUGACUGUUAUGACCUAUCUUUAUCAAAUACGGGCACAUUUCAGUGGACAAGAGCUAAAUGUGGUUCAGAUUGAAGAGAACAGUAGCAAAAGCACAUACAAAGUGGGCAACUAUGAAACGGAUCCAAACAGUUCUGUUGAUCAGGAAAAAUUCUAUGCAGAACUAAACGACUUGAAACAGGACCCAGAACUCCAACAACCUGAUGGGGACUUGGCAGACUUUGUUUUUCAGGAUGAUUCUGUAAUCAUAAAUGACAGUGACGUUGGGGAGUCAGAAAGUGAGCAUCAAACACCAGAUGCCCAUCUAAGCCCAGGUGUGGCUUCUGUUUCCUCACGCAGGACUAAAAAUGAUGCAGAUCAACAAAAAACCCACCAAACCUUGGAAAGGACUUCUGGAUUUGAGGAAGCUGGGAAAUGCAGUACAGCACAAGCACAGCCCCUGUUGGGAAGGAAGAAACUGCUCAAAGCAGACACUUUAGAUCUGAGUGAUUUGGCACAAGUCAGCAAUUCAAAAAGGGAUUUCUUUCCAACAACUUUAUGUGAAGAAGCUGAUAAGAAAGGACACCAGUAUUCAGACAGUACUAUUAAUUUCUCAGAACUAGAGAAUCAUAGAUAUCCAGAACUCGGAGAGAGUAGGAAAUUGGAUUUGGAAUCACGUAUUGAAAAAACAAACUUAGAAGUGGGAAAUAAACCUGGAUACUCUUACAAUAGGGAUACAGAUGUCGACAAAAAAUGUCAUACUGCUCAGAGGCAAAUGGAGGCAGACUCAGAAUUUGAGACCAAAACAGCUAUACACCAGACUGAUCUGACUACAAAAACGGCACAGCAACGAAUGUUAUCAAGACAGGAAGAACUAAAAGAACGGGCAAGAGUUCUGCUUGAACAAGCAAGAAGAGACGCAGCUUUAAAGGCAGGAAAUAGGCAACUCUCCAGUUCAACCACCCCAGGCCGCUCUAAGCAACUAAAUGACCAGCAAGAUGAAGAGCGGCGUCGGCAGCUGAGAGAGAGAGCUCGUCAGCUAAUAGCAGAAGCUCGAUCUGGAGUGAAGAUGUCAGAACUUCCUAGCUACAGUGAAAUGGCUGCAGAAAAGUUGAAAGAAAGGUCAAAGGCAUCUGGAGAUGAGGAUGGAAAUCAUAAUAUUGAAAUAGUUACUAAUGAGGAAAAGCCUGAAUAUACUGUUACUGGUGGUGAAGAUCAACAUACUAACCUAGAAAAUGACCUUGAUUCUAAUGCUGAACAGAACAGCAAGUUGGUGGAUUUGAAACUGAAGAAGCUCCUAGAAUCCCAGCCACAAGUGGCAAAUUCACUCUCCAGUGCUGCUCAGAAGGCAACUAUUGAUAACGCAGAGCAUGAGUUUAAGAAUGAGACAGAGGAACAUCGUGCUGAGCGAUUACAAAAAGCAACAGAACGUUUUAGAAAUCCUGUUGUGUUCAGCAAGGACUCCACAGUCAGAAAAACUCAGCUUCAGUCAUUCAGUCAAUAUGUUGAAAACAGACCAGAGAUGAAAAGGCAGAGAUCAAUACAGGAAGAUACAAAGAGAGGAAAUGAGGAGAAGGCAGCGAUAACUGAAACUCAGAGGAAGCCAUCAGAAGAUGAAGUGCUUAAUAAAGGGUUCAAAGACACCAGUCAGUAUGUUGUAGGAGAAUUGGCAGCACUAGAGAAUGAGCAAAAGCAAAUUGACACCCGUGCCGCGCUGGUGGAGAAGCGCCUUCGCUAUCUCAUGGACACAGGGAGAAACACUGAGGAAGAAGAGGCUAUGAUGCAAGAAUGGUUCAUGCUGGUCAAUAAGAAAAAUGCCUUAAUAAGAAGAAUGAAUCAACUCUCCCUGCUGGAAAAAGAACAUGACCUAGAAAGACGGUACGAACUGCUCAACAGGGAGUUAAGAGCAAUGCUUGCCAUUGAAGACUGGCAAAAGACUGAAGCCCAAAAAAGGCGAGAGCAGCUUUUGCUGGACGAACUUGUUAUUCUUGUUAAUAAACGUGAUGCGCUCGUCAGAGAUUUAGAUGCCCAAGAAAAACAGGCUGAAGAAGAAGAUGAACAUUUGGAAAGGACUCUUGAACAAAACAAGGGGAAAAUGGCCAAGAAAGAAGAAAAAUGUGUCCUUCAGUGACCAGACUUCAUGGGGCAAGACACUGUCCUAUUUUAUAGCCUAAACCUUUUUAUGUUUUGGAACUUCCGGAACCAAGACUGGGGGGGAAAACCAAUAUAUAAUACACUUUGUAAAAUGUUAAAACCUUGCAUUUGGCUAGACCAGCUGUACCCUGAAUUGCUUUGGGUUUUUGUUUUUUUUUUCCCUUGCCACUCAAGCAAUAUUAGUUCAGAACUAACUUUUCACCAAGAUUUAGUUGUGAGCUUAGACAUACUUUUAAAAUUAUUUUAAAUAAGUUUAUACCCAAAUGUUUUUGAAAUAUCAAGGGCGUUUAAGGUGGGGAAAACCUGGUAUCUGAAUUUUAAAAUACUUUAUUUUAUGUAAUAGCAUUGUAGAGGAAGAUAAAAUUCAUUCUUAAUUAUUUCAUCUAGCCAUGCCACAUGUAAUAUUUAAUAUGUUACCUAAAAUUUUAUUGUUAGAUCAUACUCAGACCAUUUAUUUUAACCGUGCUAUAUUUACCAAUUUUAUUUCAACAGCAGUUUUACAUUUUUAUUGUAAGUAUAACUAUAAAUUUAAGGCUUUCUGAUGUGCUCAGAGAGCAGUUCUUUUUAACCUAUAGCUUGCAAGGCCCUUAUGAUUUGAAGAAGUGAUUGUAAUUAUGAGGCUAACCAAGUGUGAUCAGUUUACAAAACACAUUUCUUCUUUAGAGGCAAAACUGUUUUUUAAAACAAAUAAUUAUUUAUUUAUCUCUUAGUUUAGUUCCCUUCUCUCCAUCCUGUUGGACAUCUGCAAUCUGGCUCCACAAUGCUGUUCAUAUUUAUUCUGUACCCAUCAGGAGUCUAUCUUGCCAUUGUUUGCAGAAUCCCGUUGCAAGUUAAUAUAUCCUUCUCUAGCAUCCUACUCAUUUUUGUGGAAACUGUUAUGUUUAUUUAUUGCAAUACAAGUCAUGUAUAAAUUUUCAAUAAAGCUGGAUCUUUCUUACCAUAA